UUUACUUUUUCUUCCUUGGCGCAGUUGAGGACUAGAUAGGGAGUCCUUUCGGCUGUAUGUUUCAAUGGGUCUGAGGACAUGAUCGGAGCGAGAAGCGAGGACGGCGCUCAGGGAAUAUGCUGUCGGGCUGUAAUGGAGUGAAACUGUAUGUUAAGGCUCCUGCCGCAGUCCCUGUGGAAUAAAAGCAGCCUGGUCAAUAUUUUGUGACCAUUCCUGGCAUCUUCCUGCUGUGUAUACCAAGAUGGGGAACGGAUUGUCAGAUCAUCACUCCCUCUUCCCCUGCCUGCCGUCCUUCCAAGCUCUCCACAUUGUCAUUCUGGGACUGGACUGCGCAGGCAAGACCACUGUGCUGUACCGCCUGCGUUUCAAUGAGUUUGUGAACACUGUUCCAACUAAGGGCUUUAACACGGAGAAGAUCAAAGUGUCUCUCGGAGGUAGCCGACGGACCGCGUCCUUCCAUUUCUGGGAUGUAGGUGGUCAGGAGAAGCUGCGGCCUCUGUGGCGCUCCUACACACGCUGUGCUGAUGGUAUUGUGUUUGUGGUGGACUCAGUGGACGCUGAACGCAUUGAGGAGGCCAAGACGGAGCUGCACAAGAUCACACGGCUGGCAGAGAAUCAGGGCGUGCCAGUUCUGGUGGUGGCCAACAAACAGGACCUGAGGAACUCACUCACUCUGACUGAGAUGGAGAGUAUGUUGGCGCUGGGUGAGCUCAGCACCGCCACUCCCUGGCACCUUCAGCCUGCCUGUGCUAUAAUCGGCGAGGGGCUACAGGAAGGUCUGGAGAAGCUGCACGCCAUGAUCAUGAAGAGGAGGAAGAUGCUGCGGCAACAGAAGAAGAAGAGAUGACGUGCUGUCAGGGGGAAUUCUAAAAUGUGAGCUGGAUCUAAAGCUUCAUUCGAACUACUGCGAGCAGCGUACAAUCUGCUGGUCCUUUGUGACAAGUCAUUCGGCUGCCCGUUGAAGCCUCACCGGUUGAGUUCGAUCCCUCCAGUGAAACAGUUUGUUCAGGUCAGCCAGUGUUUCGCUGCCACAGAGGACGGUGGAAUCGACUUCUGCCCCGUGGAUUUUGGAUUCCGAAAGUCCUGUCUGCAACCAGUCAUUCCACAGGAAGUCCAGUAUUAUGCUGUACAGCAGCAAGCUAUGAAGUUUACACUGAACUCUUUAAAGUGGACAAUGAGCUCUGACUUGUCUGUUUUAUGUUAUUUGUUCAAAUAUGUGCUGCCUAUCUGUUGAAAAACAAUCAGUCUUUAUAUUUGUACUCUACCAAAGCUUGUGUUGAGAUCGGAGACAGGACCGUAUUAUAGCAAACAGAUCUAAGAUGCGUUUAUCAGUUUUAGUGACAAGUAUUUUAUAUCCAUGUUGCACAAGAAGAGUUUGGUCCAGAAGUUUACAAGAGGUGUAAUGAUUCAAUAAGAGCAGGACCCACAAUGGCCCUUAAACAUGUUAACACUAUUUAAAAUAAUGCUGUUAAUGUUAACGAUGGAGGCGAUUGCUUAGCAGUUUGGUGUACCCGCCUUCCUAAGAAUUUGACCUACAAAAUUCUGAGCGCAGCCACACUGUCAGAAUUAAUCUGUCUAAUCUGAAGGAAAAAGGGCAAGUGUUUCAGAGUCCCUUUAUACGAACAUGAAGUCAACAGCAGGAUGCGGGAGAUUCAGUUUCCCCUCUGACAGUAUUUUUAAAAAGGAGCAGAAUGCAGUGCCUGAGGACAGGACAUGGCUGAUGGCUGGGAUUGGGACCUUUGUCACAGUAAUUAAUGCCUUACCUCAGUUACACAUGUACCACUUAAACUUGUUUUUAAAGAUCAUACAACAGCUAAUAAUUACAAGUGACAGUAAAGUCAAAUUUUAGAUUAUUGUUUAGUGAUAGACCAAUAAAUCCUUGUGGCCAAUGAUAUAUCAGCCUAUAUAAGCUAAUUGCUAAUAUACCAAUAUCAGUUUAUUUGUCAGCUGUUAGGUAACAAGCGCUGUCACUACAUAAAAGACAAAUAUAUGAUUUAAAUAAUUUAAAGAAAACUUAAAAUGUCUGUUUGUGUUAAAAAUCACCUGAUGUGCUGUUAGUGGAUUGUUUUUUUUGUACUCAGCCAAUGUUUUUGUACAAAACUAAUGAUUUUAUCUCCCUCCAGUAUCCAUUCAGCAUUAUUAAUUUUAGCUCUGCAGUAAAUAUUUAAGCUACCAUUACUUAAGAAAUGUUUACCAGCUUGUAGGGCUGGGUGACCUGUUUUGUUUUUUUGUUUUUUGUUUUAUACUAGUGCUGGGACAGUUAGAACUUAAUCAAAAUUAUAAUUUGAUCAACAUUUUUCUACAAAACCUUUUCAUUUCCAGAAAACGCAGAAGCGCUCGAUUUUUAAACGUUCAAAAAACAAGCAGCUUUUCAGGGCCUCAAUAAAAUGUUAAAACUAACAAACUUAUGAUUUUAAUCAGAGACAGUCUGAUCACAGAAUAAGUAAACGGGAUUUCAAAUCUGACCAGACGGGUCUGCGGAAACGUUUCAGUGGUUGGAUGGCAUUGAGAUUCUUUGCUCGCCGGCGUUACACUUUGUACUUGGAAUGUCAGUAAUUACUUUGCUGGCCCUAACAGUGAGAUAGAAUUUCAUAGCUAUCAUUAGUGAGCUCACUCGCUAAUAUUGGAAUAAGCUGCCCCUACUGAAUACAUGAUUUGGCUACCGUACUUGGUAGUCAACUAUAAUUGUCGUUUAGUCUUGUCAAGCUAAUUUAAUGGCAUUUUCUAAUAUUCUUUGAUUCAGUGGUUCAGCAUUAAGUGUCAUACAAGUAAUGCAUUAUUAACUGUGAUAAAAGGCUCCGCAGCUGGUCACCCAGCAUAAUCACAUAGGAGCAAAUGGGGAGAAAGUUCAUCACAAAGCUGAUUGUUUCAGCUUUAGCCCAAGACCCAUCUGUUGUCUCUGUGUGGCUGGGAGAAGCUGUGACUUCAGAACCAGCACAGCUCCCUGUAGACGUGUUCUGUUGAUUGACAGCAGGUAAUAUUCCUCGGGCGUCUGUCCCAGAGAGAUGGACUGGUGUCCGAGCCAGCCUCACCUAUAUCUGACCACACAUUCACAUAUUCUGCAGAGUCGGCAUCUGAAUGCACUUUAAUGGUCCUUUAACUGACCUUCGAAAGGACACUGACAGAAUUCUGGAUGAUUCUGAAACUGAAAGAAGUGAAGUAUUGCUUCAAAAGAAGCGUUUUACAUAUAUAUAUAUAUAUAUAUAUAUAUAUAAAAAUAUGUUGGAUACUAUUGCCAAGUUUCGCUCUUCCGCUGUUUGGCAGAGUGUUCAUAUUUAUGUGUUUGAUCCACUUUGUUCACUUGGAAUAAAGCAACAAAAGGACAGUGAUGCA